CACCCUCUGAGUGAGAAGAGGGCAGGGGAGCCCGCCUGCACACAGGACGUGGGUGUCAACUGCUCAUCCACCGUGGCUGGUGGUCUCAUCGCCGAGAUGAAGCUGCUUCUGGCCCUGGCAGGCAUCCUAGCCACAUUCCUCCUGGCCUGGCCCUGCGAGGGCACUGUCCCAGCAUCCUCCAGGGCAGUGGACACCUCUGUCCUUCAGGGCUGCCUAAAGGAGGCCAAGCUGCUGGUGGAUGCUGCCUACAAUCAGACUCGGAGAAGCAUCCAGCAGCGCCUUCGCAGUGGCUCUGCCAGCCCCAUGGACCUCCUGUCCUACUUCAAACAACCAGUAGCGGCCACCAGGACAGCUGUUCAGUCUGCAGAUUAUUUGCACGUGGCCUUGGGGCUGCUGGAGGAGAAGUUACAGCUUGAGGGAUCCAGACCCUUCAAUGUCACUGAUGUGCUAACAAGACCCCAGCUUCGGCUGCUGUCCCAGGCCAGUGGCUGUGUUCUCAAGGACCAGGCUGAGCAGUGCAGUGACAAGUAUCGCACCAUCACAGGGAGAUUCAACAACAAGCACAGACCCCUGCUCGGGGCCUCCAACCAGGCCCUGGCUCGCUGGCUACCAGCCGAGUACGAGGACGGGCUGUCACUCCCCUUCGGCUGGACUCCUGGCAAGAGGCGCAGUGGCUUCCUGCUCCCUCUUGUCCGGGCCGUCUCCAACCAGAUCGUGCGUUUCCCCACUGAGAGGCUGACGUCUGACAGAGGCCGGGCCCUCAUGUUCAUGCAAUGGGGUCAGUUCAUUGACCAUGACUUGGACUUCGUCCCUGAGUCCCCAGCCAGAGUGACCUUCACUGCAGGCGUUGACUGCGAGAGGACCUGUGCCCAGCUGCCCCCCUGCUUCCCCAUCAAGAUUCCGCCCCGUGACCCCCGCAUCAAGAACCAGAGUGACUGCAUCCCUUUCUUCCGCUCAGCACCCGCAUGCCCCCAGAACAGGAACCGAGUCCGAAACCAGAUCAACGCGCUCACCUCCUUUGUGGACGCCAGCAUGGUGUAUGGUAGCGAGGUCACUCUCUCCCUGCGGCUCCGCAACCGGACUAACUUCCUAGGGCUGCUGGCUGUCAACCAGAAUUUCCAGGACAAUGGCCGGGCACUGCUGCCCUUUGACAACAUUCAUGAAGACCCCUGCCUCCUCACCAACCCCUCCGUGCGCAUCCCCUGCUUCCUGGCAGGUGACUCUCGAUCAUCUGAAACCCCGAAACUGGCAGCCUUGCAUACCCUCUUUAUGCGGGAGCACAACCGGCUGGCUACGGAGCUGAGACGCCUGAAUCCCCAGUGGGGUGGAGACAAGCUGUAUCAGGAGGCUCGCAAGAUUGUGGGGGCCAUGGUUCAGAUCAUCACCUACCGAGACUUUCUGCCCUUGGUUCUGGGCAAGGACCGGGCCAGGAAAACCCUGGGGCCCUACCCAGGGUAUUCCCCCAAUGUGGAUCCCCGGGUGGCUAACGUCUUCACCCUGGCCUUUCGCUUUGGCCACACCAUGCUCCAGCCCUUCAUGUUCCGCUUAGACAGCCAGUACCGGGCCUCAGCACCCAACUCGCAAGUCCCGCUUAGCUCCAGUUUCUUUGCCAGCUGGCGAAUCGUGCAUGAAGGUGGCAUCGACCCCAUUCUCCGAGGCCUCAUGGCCACCCCUGCCAAGCUGAACCGUCAAGAUUCCAUGGUGGUGGAUGAGCUCCGGGACCGGCUGUUCAAGCAAGUGAGAAGGAUUGGGCUGGACCUGGCCUCUCUCAACAUGCAACGCAGCCGGGACCACGGCCUCCCAGGGUACAAUGCUUGGAGGCGCUUCUGCAGGCUCUCCCAGCCCCGGAAUCUGACACAGCUUAGCCAGGUGCUGCAAAACCAGGAUUUGGCAAGGAAGUUCCUGAAUCUGUAUGGGACGCCAGACAACAUCGACAUCUGGAUUGGGGCCAUUGCAGAGCCUCUUUUGCCAGAGGCCCGAGUGGGGCCUCUUCUGGCUUGUCUUUUUGAGAACCAGUUUAGAAGAGCCCGAAAUGGAGACAGGUUCUGGUGGCAGAAACGGGGUGUUUUCACCAAGAGACAGCGGAGGGCCCUGAGCCAGAUCUCUUUGUCUCGAAUUGUGUGUGACAAUACUGGUAUCACAACUGUCUCGAGGGACAUCUUCAGGGCCAACAUUUACCCCAGAGGCUUUGUGAGCUGCAGAAACAUUCCCAAGUUGAACCUGUCGGCCUGGAAAGGCAAUUGAGCUUCUUCUGUAGGAGUUCGUCACAAGUCCCCAACCUUGGAGACCAGGCUACCUGGGGAAGACCACAAGGCUACCUUCUCCCUCUGAAAUCACUGUAUCAUGCUGCUGCUUUUGCUGGCUAUAGCUCACAGCUGGCUCUGUGGCUGCGCGUAUGAAUGGCGUGCCUGGCAGCAAGGAGCCCUUCAGCCUUGGGAACCUUAGGUAUUGGACCACGCAAUAGCUCCAGGCGCAAGGACAAGAGGUCAUGAGGCCCA